AUGCAGAAGCCGUUCCAGGGCAUCACUUUCUGUCCCACUGCGCUGCCAGAAGAGAUGUCGCGUUCCGUAUCGCGCAAGAUCAUUAAGCUGGGAGGCGCGUUCUCCAAGGACCUCACGAAGCUCGUCAAUGUGCUGGUAGUUGGUAGCACCAACACCAACAAGUACCGGUUCGCCGCGCAGCAUCGCGCAGAUAUCGUGCUGACCGAUGUGGAGGCAAUCGACUCACUAUACGACCUAUGGCUAACCGGCGAGGACGUCACCAUGAAAGACCACUCGAACUUCGCGCAGAUCGUGUCGCCACGCGACCGCAUGGUGAGCGUGCUGCGCGAACGGUUCCAAGUGGGCGCGCUCAAGGACUUUGUCGUAUUUAUCGGACGCGUCGACGAUGACCACGCGGGCGAGGCCAGCAUCGAAAAACUAGAACAAAUGUGCGUGUCCCAGAACGUACACUCGUGCAACUCCCGCCACUUCGUGAAGGAGUCCUACUGGAACCGUCCGACGGUUUUCGUCACAGACUGCGCGCGCGGCGCGCGCGUGGACGCGGCACGCCAACAGGGUCUGCCCAUCGUACAUCCCAAAUGGAUCCUCGACUGCCAUCGUCGUCAAGCACUUCUUGACUUCUCCUACUACUUGCUUGAAGAUGCCACCGAUCGCCCCUGGGAUGCGGUGGGCAAGACGUCCUGCUCAUGUUGGGAAGACGUGCUCCGACGUGACGAACCAGUAGAAUCCGACGUGCCUCAGGAAACGCGACCCAACCACCAAACUGUGUUAAACAAAUUUGGCUCCGAUGGAGACCGCCUUUGGAAGAGCGUCAUACACAAGGAAAAGAAAAAGACGCCAUCUUUGGCCGUCGAAGUGCCCGAAUCCAAGGCAGUUACAGAAACCGUGCCGUUAUUUUCGGGUAUUCAGUGCCAUUUGCAUGCCUUUCCACAACGUCACCACGAGAUUCUACGUAAAAUUAUUGAGGGUAACGGUGGAGAUUGUUUCAAUUACGACCCUACUAAGAUACCGUCAAACGCUGCUUACCUUGUAGUUCCCAGCAACAUGCUUAUUGAGGAUUUACCGAUUUCUGAUCCCUUCAAAGCAGUUGUAACGGAAUUCUACUUUGAGCGCUGUCUUCACUAUAAGAAGCUUCUCGAAACAGACCCGUGGUCUGUUCCUUUUCUUACCAACUUUAAGCUUCAGGCACCGCGAGACCUGGCCGAACAUGGCCACGCCAAAGACUCUUUGAAAGUGGCCAUUACAGGUUUCCAAGGAGUUGAGUUAUUGCAUAUUACUAAAAUACUUGGAUAUUUAACCCCUAUGGGCCUGCAUCUCACCGAGACGUUAAAUAAGGAUACUGACGUCCUUAUUAUAAACUUAGGCGCUCUCACCAGUAUUCCAGACUCUCACGCUCUCUGGAAUAACAAUUACGCAUACAUGUUUUCCGAAAACAAGAAAAUCGAACAAAAUCAAGUGUUUAGAAACUCAAUGAAACGCAAGAUAGAAUUUAUCAAACAAAAACAUAGCAUUCCGGUGGUGACACCAGGAUUUAUCAUGGAGCUCUUUGCGCGAAGUGCCAAAAAUAAGGGCACAAACAAGACGCGUGCGAAAAUUUUCCUCAACGAUAUCAAUUGGUGUGUAUUAUGUCCACGAGGAAGCAAAGAACAAUUCUGUUGUGAGCUAAUCCUCGAACCCGGAUCAAAACAGCCUUCUGCAGCAGAAGUCGAAAACUCAUUACCAACUAAAAUACCGCCCAUCUCGCUGAAGGAAAAACGCCAAGAGCUGCUAGAAAAAUUGAGCCGAACUCCUGUUAAUAGAAAACGACCCAAUCCUGUGAACGAGACUCGUCUGCCACCACAACACCGAUCGCUUCCUCCCAAAGUUCCAAAACUGGCACCUGUAGAGAAAAUGAUGGCAGUUCAACGUUCCUCUAGUUGGGGGAAAAUGAUGUCAGAACAUGUGCGUCAAACUGAUAAUACCGAGGGAAAUGAGACGGGAUCAGAAACUGACCAUGAAGACUCCAUACACACUCAAGUAACAUAUGGAGCUAUUUCUGAACGUAAAGAGACUAAAGUUCCUUCUCGAAGAUUAACAAGACAACAUGCAAAGCAGAUCGACACUGAGAUCUGA